AUGGCUACCCCUCUCACAGAAAAGCCCUCCAACGGUGAAUCCAAGGACGUCGAAACUGGUAAACACUACAACGAGAAGACUUUCGCUGCUCUUACGUCCAAUAUCGUUGUACAAGAUGGAGAAGGCGAAGAUUUUCAAGAGACGAAGGUGCUCAAACAGGGGCUCAAGCAACGCCAUAUACAGAUGAUUGCGCUGGCUGGCACUAUAGGCACGGGCCUCUUCCUCGGUUCUGGGGGGGCUAUCACCUCCGGUGGCCCAGCUGGGGCCUUCAUGGGCUACUUGUUUGUCGGUAUUCUCGUCUCUGGGGUCGUUAUCUCCAUUGCAGAGCUCAGCGCCUUCGUGCCCCUGUCGGGUGGCAUUAUCCGCCACUCCAAUUAUUUCUUCGACCCCGCUUUGUCCUUCGCUAUAGGAUGGAACACCGUCUACUCCACUCUGAUCUCUCUGCCUGCUGAAAUCACCGCUGCGGCCGUCAUCAUCGAUUUCUGGACUACCAACGUCAGUAACGCAGUAUGGAUAACUAUCCUUGGCGCACUGUUGUUUAUCACCAAUCUGCUCUUCGUGCGCGUCUAUGGGGAGCUCGAGUUCACUUUCGCGACACUGAAAAUUAUGCUCAUCCUUGGUCUUAUCAUUAUGGGUCUCGUUGUUGAUCUUGGCGGAGGGCCCGACCACACUCGUAUCGGACUCUACUACUGGCAGAACCCCGGCCCCUUCGUGCAGUACCUCAACAUUCCUGGCUCACUUGGUCAGUUCCUAGGGUUCUGGGCCACCUUCUCGAACGCUGCCUAUGCCUACUCUGGUAUUGAGGGUAUCUCAGUGGCCGCCGCUGAGACCCGCAACCCCCGUCAGGCGAUCCCCAAGGCCGCAAAGCGCAUCUUCUUCCGUGUCCUCCUAUUCUACGUCAUCUCCAUCCUGAUCGUCUCCAUGAUCGUGCCCUCGAACGACCCCGACCUGCUGAAUGCCCAAGGCCCCGGUGCCGCCGCUUCGCCAUUCGUCAUCGCCGCAAACCGUGCCGGUAUCAAAGUCCUUCCAAGUAUCAUCAACGCAGUAGUCUUGACCUCCGCGUGGUCCUCUGGUAAUUCAGGCAUGCUCACCGGCUCUCGCGCACUUUAUGGUCUUGCACUCGAAGGCCAUGCCCCCCGCAUCUUCAAAAUGGUGAACCGAUUCAGCGUCCCAUGGGUCGCUGUCGUCAGCAUUGGUGUCUUCCUUUGCCUCGCAUACAUGUCCGUUUCCAGUGGUGCCGCAACCGUCUUCGGCUGGUUCCAGGAUCUGGUCGGCUCUGCUGCCCUCGUCCUUUGGAUAGUCAUCACCAUGGUCUACCUCCGCUUCUACUAUGGCUGCAAGGCACAAGGUAUCGAUCGGCACACUGAACUUCCAUGGGCUGGUCCGUUCCAGCCCUAUGCGGCCUGGAUCUCCUGCAUCAUGUUUUCGAUUAUCCUUCUUACUGGUGGCUUCGCAGUGUUUAUCAAGGGCAAUUGGGAUCCUCAGGGAUUCGUUGGGGCCUACUUCAACAUUCCCUUGAUAUUUAUCUUAUACUUCGCCUACAAGUUCGCAAGGCGCACAAAAAUAGUACCUCUGGACGAGAUGCCCAUCAGGGAGUUCAUCCAAAUCUACAAAGAUAAUCCGGAAGAGCGUGAUCCUCCUCUCAGAGGCUGGGCCCGUCUUGGGUUCCUUUGGACUUGA